AUGAAUCUUUUUGGGCGUAAGAAGGACCCGAAGACUCAUUUAAAUGAAAUGACUUCUGUCUUGAAGAGACAGAAAUAUCCUCUUCAAAGAGACAUUCAGACCCAUCUACGACAGCAAAAACAACUAGAAAUGGCCAUUAGGAAAUGUGCUAAAGAAUCGGACAUUCCUUCUGCAAAAGUUUACGCCAAGGAAUAUGCGGAAUCCAAAAAGGCUGUUGCUCGUUUGUAUCUUGCACUAUCGCAAAUUGAUUGUGUGGCUAUGGAAUUGCGUCAUAUGGCUUCCAUGAAUAAGCUGGCCAGUGGUAUGCAAAAGAGUACAACAGUCAUGAAUGCUAUGUCGUCUUUAGUGAAAAUACCUGAACUUCAAUCUACAAUGCAAAAUUUAAGUAAAGAAAUGAUGAAAGCUGGUAUCAUGGAAGAAAUGAUCAGUGACACUUUCGAACCAAUCAGUUCUGUCGAAAAUGCAGACGAUUUGGUGUCUGCCGAAGUUGAUAAAGUUUUAUGGGAUCUGACGGCUGGCCAGUUAGGUAAAGCUCCAGAACCUGCUUACGAUCCAUUCUCAGUUUCUAAAGCACAAACUGAACUCUCCGUUUUAUCAGUUCAAGAUGAUGGUGAAACAGAAAUGGAUGCACGUUUGGCUGCCCUUCGCAGUUGA